UAUGUGAUAUUUUUAAAGACAAGCACAAUAUUUUGAAGCGUCCAAAAUAAAAUAUAUUUACUACCUCCGUUACCGGUUAUGUGCAACAAUUAGAUUACGGAUAUAAUAUCCACCAUAUUUAAUUCCCGUUAAUUCAAAAGAAUAGUUCAUUUAGUCCACCUAAUUACCCCUGCUCUAAAAAUGAAAAACCCCACUAAAAGGGGAACAAAGCCGCAAAACGAGAGAAAUUACACAUAAUUUUGUCUAUUAAACAUACCCGCGCUAUAAACAACAAACCCACAAAAACCACCCUCCAACUUUUCUCUCUCCUCCUCCUUCUCUCUCUCUUCCCUCCUCCUCAGAUCCACUCCCAUGGAUCUCUCACCGUCGACACCGCCGGCGACGACAUCUCCCACCGUCGUCGUCGGCGGCGCUAAGAAAGAUUCCAAAACCUCCGCCCAAAAACUCCGGCUUAUGCUCAGCUUCAACGGCCACAUCCUCCCUCGUCCUCACGACAAAACCCUUUUCUACGCCGGCGGUGAAACCCGCAUUAUCUCUAUCCCUCGAAAUUCAUCACUUUCUCUCUCCUCCCUUUUCUCUCACAUCGCUAAAUCCUUCUUCAAUGGGUCCCUCAAUUUUCUCCUCAAAUACCAGCUCCCUAACCAUGACCUUGACUCCCUCAUUUCUAUCUCCUCUGAUGAAGAUCUCUUCAAUAUGGUUGAUGAGUAUGAUCGACUUUUGUGCUCUGGUUCUGGUUCGCGUAUCAGAUUCUUUCUCUUUAAGAAAGAGGAACCUGUUCGUGAUUUUAAAUGUGAUGAUGAUUGGUUUUCUGAUGCGCUAAAGGUCGCGAGUUCGAAUCCUGUCAAUUAUAACAAUAAUAAUAAUAGCAACACCAAUUGUAAUAAUAAUAAUAAUAAUGAUUCUUCGUCGUCGGCGCCGGAAUCGAUUGUUCUAGAGAAUAGUUCGUCGUUUGGGUCAAAUAGUUCGUCUUCGAAUUCUCCCGGAAAGAAUAAUAAAGUGGGUGUUGCGGAUGAUUUUAAGGUUGUUUUGCCCUCUGUUGAUUCUUUGGGAAGUGAUUGCAGCAUUCCCAGCCCAAACUUCAGCCAGCAAGGAAUUGUGUAUCAAGACGCAUCAGGAUUUUUUGACUCUAAUCUUGCUUCUGUGAACCCUGUUGAGACUGAAAGCAAUGCUUCUGAUCGUUCACCUCGGAGUGAUAUUCUGACUUCCGUUCAGGUUUCUGGUUACAUGGUAUCUAAACCAAUGGAUAAACCUCAGCACCAGUCCCCACCUCAGCCACCAUCACUAGCAACAGCAACGCCACAUUACAUUCACUACGCCACUCCUCAGUCCAAUUAUGCUCCCCAAUAUUACCCAAAUUCUAUACCUGUUGCAUCUUAUCCUCCAAUGUAUCCAACUUAUGUCCAACCACAUCAACCCGUCCAAUAUCAGCUAAAUAAGCCAUACCCAGUCUACAUGAUGCCUAUGGGACAAACACAAAAUAUGUAUGAUGCGUCUAUGCCUCGUACUAUGACAACUGCACCAAAUGUUGCUAGGAGUCAACCCCAUGUGCCUUCAAAUCCUGUUGUGGUUUCACCCCCGAUAAUUUAUGAAGGUUACAAUAAACCUGCUACUCCAGUGUCUGAAUUUGCUGCUGAAGUAUACAUGCCAGCUGCUAUGGCAACCCAGCCUGUGACUUUGCCUGCAGUGCAUCAACCAGCUCAGCCUGUUACUGUUCCUCCCAUUGAAAAAGCCAACUAUAUCAGUGAAUUUGAAGAUCCUAUGCAUGCCCAGAUAUAUAAAACUCAACCUUCUGGUCUUAUAUUACCUUCUCAGCUUCAAAUGGCACAAAGUGCUGCAACAGCAAUGCUUCCAGAAAGUUUCACUCAGUUACAGUUGGAGAGUACUAAACAUUGAGGAUUCUGAGCAACAGAAAACUGCUGCUUCGAAAAACAGUUUUGAGUAAGAUACAUAGAGUUCAACACUGUAAUUUCAUUUUCCCUGCUUUGCCUGCACCAGUUUUCUUUUUGUAUUGCAGUAUAUCGUCUUGUUACUCUAAUACAUGUUUGUUUAGUAUACAUUUUUUUGACCUUUUUUUUUUUUUUUAAAAAAAAAGUUUAAUUAAAGAAAAGAUGCUUUUGCUGUAAGCAUUGUGAUCCUGAUUAUGUAACAUUUUGGUAAAGUAAUGUAUAAGUAAUUGCUGUUA